CCCGCCUCCCGGUCGGAGAGGGGUUUCCGCUUCCGGCAGCGGCGGCUGCAGCCUCGCUCUGGUCCCUGCGGCUGGCGGCCGAGCCGUGUGUCUCCUGCUCCGCCGCCGCCAUAUUGUCUGUGUGAAGAGUGGGGAGAGCGGCCUCCGCCGCUGCAGUUUCCACCACAGUUUGAAGAAAACAGUUCUGAAACGAGGUCUUACCCCCAGCUGCCUCAACACAGUGAUUGCCAUCUCUCCAAACGUCAAGUCCAGCUUUGUCCGCCAACCUGUCUGACAUGUCGGGACCCGUGCCAAGCAGGGCCAGAGUUUACACAGAUGUUAAUACGCACAGACCCCGAGAGUACUGGGAUUACGAGUCACAUGUGGUGGAAUGGGGAAAUCAAGAUGACUACCAGCUGGUUAGAAAAUUAGGCCGGGGUAAAUACAGUGAAGUAUUUGAAGCCAUCAACAUCACAAAUAAUGAAAAAGUUGUUGUUAAAAUUCUCAAGCCAGUAAAGAAGAAGAAAAUCAAGCGUGAAAUAAAGAUUUUGGAGAAUUUGCGAGGCGGUCCCAACAUCAUCACACUGGCAGACAUUGUAAAAGACCCUGUGUCACGAACUCCCGCCUUGGUUUUUGAACACGUAAACAACACAGACUUCAAGCAAUUGUACCAGACGUUAACAGACUAUGAUAUUCGAUUUUACAUGUAUGAGAUUCUGAAGGCCCUGGAUUAUUGUCACAGCAUGGGGAUUAUGCACAGAGAUGUAAAGCCCCAUAAUGUCAUGAUUGAUCAUGAGCACAGAAAGCUACGGCUAAUAGACUGGGGUUUGGCUGAGUUUUACCAUCCUGGCCAAGAAUAUAACGUCCGAGUUGCUUCCCGAUAUUUCAAAGGUCCUGAGCUACUUGUAGACUAUCAGAUGUAUGAUUAUAGUUUGGAUAUGUGGAGCUUGGGUUGUAUGCUGGCAAGUAUGAUCUUCCGGAAGGAGCCAUUUUUCCAUGGACAUGACAAUUAUGAUCAGUUGGUGAGGAUAGCCAAGGUUCUGGGGACAGAAGAUUUAUAUGACUAUAUUGACAAAUACAACAUUGAAUUAGAUCCACGUUUUAACGAUAUCUUGGGCAGACAUUCCCGUAAGCGAUGGGAACGCUUUGUCCACAGUGAAAACCAGCACCUUGUCAGCCCUGAGGCCUUGGAUUUCCUGGACAAGCUGCUGCGGUACGACCACCAGUCACGGCUCACCGCAAGAGAGGCCAUGGAGCACCCCUAUUUCUACACUGUUGUGAAGGACCAGGCUCGAAUGGGCUCAUCUAGCAUGCCAGGGGGCAGUACGCCUGUCAGCAGCGCCAAUAUGAUGUCAGGGAUUUCUUCAGUGCCAACCCCUUCACCCCUUGGACCUCUGGCAGGCUCACCAGUGAUUGCUGCUGCCAACCCCCUCGGGAUGCCUGUUCCAGCUGCCGCUGGCGCUCAGCAGUAAUGGCCCCUUCUGUCUCCUGAUGCCUGAGCAGAGGUUGGGGAGUCCACUUACUCCCUUGAUGCAGCUUGCGCCUGGCGGGGAGGGGUGAAAUACUUCAGAAGCACCGUGUCUGAACCGUUGCUUGUGGAUUUAUAGUAGUUCAGUCAUAAAAAAAAAAAAAAAAAAAUUAUAAUAGGCUGAUUUUCUUUUUUUUUCUUUCUUUUUUUUUUAACUCGAACUUUUCAUAACUCAGGGGAUUCCCUGAAAAAUUAUCUGCAGGUGGAAUAUUUCACGGACAAAUUUUUUUCUCCCCUUCCAAAUUCAGUUCCUCAUCACUAAAGAACAAAGAUAAACCAGCCUCAAUUCUGGCUGCUGCGUUUGGGUGGAGAUUUCUUCCCAUGCCCACCAUUGCUCCCCUACCAUCCCACACUUUGAGGGGUUUGUAUUUCAUGCUCUCCUCCAGAGAUUACAAAAAUGUAGCUUCUUGAAGGGAGGUGGGAAGGAAGGAAGAAGGAAGGACCCAACCUAUAAGAGCAGUGUACUGCUAGUCACUUAUAUCACUUUACUCCAAAAGUGCUUCAGUGGGGUUAUACUGGUGAAUCUAGUGGAAAUAUGUCUUAGUUACACUGAGAUGCUGAAAAUCUACCCAAAGUGCAGACAGGUCCUGAAAACAUCUGUUCAGUAUGAAUCAUGUCUUAUUGACCUAACCUAAAUCCAACUCACUUACAAUUUAGUUUCAGUUCAGUUUAAAACUUUAAUACCGUCCCUCCCAGGCUCCUUACCUUGGUCCUCUUCCCCUUUCAUCUCUCAACAUGCUCUAUAGCUGGUAGGAGGGGGAAGGCAAAAUCUUUUUCAGUUUUCUUUGACUUGGCCCUUUUGAAUUCAGUUAGUUACUGGGUAUAAUUAUUGCUUUUUACAAAAGAAAAAAACAUUGUCUAUGUUGGUUUCAUGCUAGUAACUCUUGAAGAGCUAAUGAGAGAUGUGGCCACUGCAUUUUAUUUUAAGCUUUCUACCUUCUUUUCCUCCUACCUUCCCCUUCCCUCACAUGCCAUCCAUUGAGAAGACCUGCCCCUCAGUCUUGUAAAUGUACCUGAGAGGUAGGAGCAGAGCCACUAUCUCCAGUGAAACUGAAAUGGUAGACCUGUAAUUGUGGGAAAACUAAACUCUCUUGUUACAGCCCUGCCACCCCUUGCUGUGUGUAUAUAUAUAAUACUUUGUCCUUCAUAUGUGAAAGAUCCAGUGUUGGAAUUCUUUGGUGUAAAUAAACGUUUGGUUUUAUUUAUCAA